CACGGUUAUAAAUACUGGACUGUCUCUGCCCCCCCUCAUCCUCUCAUCUUCUCAAGUCACUACUACUACCACCACCCCCAAACUCUUAUUACUCAUCAUGUCUGGCAAAGGUGGCAAAUCUGGAAAGACUGGCGGCAAGGCUGGCGGCGAGGGUGGUAAAUCCCAGUCUCGUUCUGCCAAGGCGGGUCUCCAAUUCCCAGUCGGUCGUGUUCACCGUCUGCUGAAGAAGGGAAACUACGCGCAGCGUGUUGGUGCUGGUGCGCCUGUCUAUCUGGCAGCCGUCCUGGAAUAUCUUGCCGCUGAGAUUCUUGAACUUGCUGGCAACGCUGCCCGUGACAACAAGAAGCAACGUAUAGUGCCUCGGCACUUGCAACUCGCCAUUAGAAACGACGAAGAGCUAAAUAAACUCAUGGGGGAUGUUGUUAUCUCCCAAGGUGGUGUUGUUCCUCACAUUGAGUCUUCACUCCUACCUUCAAAAUCUGGAAAAGGGAAGAAGGACGAGGGUAUCUCGCAGGAGGUGUAGCCCGUUCUCUUUUCUCUUGGUCGUCUUUGUCCACGUACAUUAUUUCCGCUUCUCUCUUGUAUUAGCAGUGUAUUAUUCUCGAGCGCCUAUCCUAUCCAUUACAACUGG